AUGGAGAUGAUAUCAAUCGAGUCCCAAGCUGAACACAACGCACUGGUCAAGUUUAUCACAUCAACGGAUAAAUUUUCUAAUGCUACCCGAUUUUGGCUCGGUGCUAGCGAUCUGGCGGAAGAAGGAACGUAUACUUGGGUGUCCAGCGGUCGAUUGGUCACCUUCACCAACUGGGCAGCUCACGAGCCAAACAAUGUAAACAACACAGAGCACUGUGUGGAGAUUAUUCACAAUACCUACAUAAAUCAAAUAUGGCAGUGGAAUGACAAUGAAUGUCGCAGUUUCGUGUCAUAUUUCAUCUGUGGCAGUGUGGAGAAGCAGUGUAUCGAUAAUUUCUAG